UCCAGUCUCCGCUCUUGAGUCCGGGAGAGACAUCGCACCCCCCAGCCCCAGCCCAGCGGACCCUAGGCUCCCCGAGGCUCUGUUGGUGACACCGGGGCGCACCGCACACACACCGAGGGGGCGGAAAAGAGAAAAAAACCCAGAACUCCAAAGAUGGGAGGCAAGCUUAGCAAGAAGAAGAAGGGAUACAAUGUAAAUGAUGAGAAAGCCAAGGAUAAAGACAAGAAGGCGGAAGGAGCUGGUGCAGAAGAAGAAGAAACUCCCAAGGAGAAUGAUGAGACCCAGACAGUGGCAGAGACCACAGAUGUCAAGGAGAGCAACAAAGAGGAGAAGACCGAUAAAGAUUCCCAGGUGACUGCUAACAAGACUGAAGAUAAAGAAGCGGAGAAAGAUGCAGCAGCCGGCAAAGAAGAGGCUCCGAAAUCAGAGUCUGAGAAAGCAGAGGCUGUCCCUGAUGGAAAGGUGGACCAGCAGAAGGAUGCUGAGAUGGAGCAGGCCCCUGCCUCUGCACCAGCGGCCAGCAGCGAUGCUUCUAAGACUUCAGCGCCUGGCACUGAGGCAAAGGUCUCCCAGUCUUCAGAAGCCACAACGACUAGGAAAGUAGAUGACAAGAGCAAAGAGGAAGGGGAAGCCAAAAAGACUGAGGCUUCCGCAGCUCCCGUCGCUCAAGAAACUAAAAGUGAAGUGGCGCCAGCUUCAGACUCAAAACCUAGCAGCAGCGAAGCUGCGUCUUCUUCCAAGGAGACCCCAGCAGGAAAGGAAGCCCCUAGCUCAACCCCUAAGGCCCAGGAACCUGCAGCCCCAGCAGAUGAGGGUAAACCUUCUGAGGCUCCGACCGCUAAUUCGGAUCAAACUAUAGCCGUGAAAGAGUAA